AUGUUCAUCAUCAAAUACAUCACUCUCAUUGGAGUACGUUGCCUGCUGAAAUGGUGCCCACCGGCCGAAUCCCCGUUUGCUUUACUUCAUUUCCUUGUUUUCCUCUCCUGGAAUGGCCUCGUACUCUACAACUACCUCUGCUCCGUGUUCAUCGGCCCGGGUUACGUGAAGAAGGGCUGGAAGCCGGAUUCGGAGUUCAACUCGGAGGCAAAUCGUUUUGCCGGCGUCGACGAGUCGGAUCUGGAGACGGAUAGCGAAGAGGAGGAAGCUUCGGACGAGGAUUCCCAGAGCGAGGAGAAAGAAAAGGAAGAAAACGUGGAACUGUUCACUCAGGGUCGUCCGGUCGACAGCGUUCUUCAGUACUGUGAGAUCUGCGAAGGAUACAAGGCUCCUAGGGCCCAUCACUGCAGACGAUGCAAUCGUUGCGUGAUGAAGAUGGACCACCACUGCCCAUGGAUCAACAAUUGUGUGGGGCAUUUAAACCAUGCCAACUUCACUCUCUUCCUCUUCUUUGCCAUCGUAGGCUGUCUCCACGCAGCCAUCGUCAUCUCCGUCUCUCUAUAUAGAGCCUUCCACGUCCAAUGGUACAUGUUCAACGAGGACACCUACCAUCCUCUCGUCAUCAUGGGGCCGUACGAGUUCAUAUUUGGUUGUCUGGCCAUCGGCUUCUGCAUCGGGGUCGUCAUUGCAGUCGGGUCCCUCUUGUACUUGCAGAUUAAAUCCAUCCUGAGGAACCGGACACCAAUUGAGGAUUGGAUUAUGGAUAAGGCUAAUCACCGGCACAAGGUGUUGUAUGGGAAGCAGUUCACAUAUCCAUAUCACCUGGGUUGGAGGAGAAACCUGUCUGCGGUCUUUGGGGGGCCCGACCUCUGGAGCAAGGGCUACGCUUGGCCCAUUCGUGGAGAUUGCGACCAGUUCACUCUCACCGCAGAACAAGUGGCCCAGAAGACAGCCAAGAAGGAGCGCAUCGUGGAGACACGAGUGGUAGCCCCCUAUUCAGGAUCCUGGUGCCCCUUGUCGAAGGGACUGAGGACGUGCUGGGGUCAGCCGUGCUCCGACGAACCCCGUGCCCCACUCAUUGUCGGCGACACCGUUCGCAUCUCUCGGUGGAAACGGUAUGCUCACUCCACUGCAUUCGUCCUUCACCUUCAGAGUCACUGGUUGUACGGAGAAGUGGUCGGAAGGCGGGAUAAGGGCGGCUAUCGCGUCAAGGGUUGGUUCCCCAAGUCCUGCGUCGUCGAGGUCCUCCAUCUCUCCGAUCCACCCGUCUCGAAGCCUUCCUCGGAGUCCGGCUCGACCGUCCCGUCCAAGCCCUCGUCCUCGACCGCCCUUCCCACCCUUCCCGAAGAGGCCUUCGACGAGACACCUAGUGGGGGCCCUGCAGGUGACACCAAGAAAGACAGAUGAGCUUGGCGCUCCCCCAUGUUUUUUUUUAUCAAUGAAAAGACCUACUGCAAUAAGUCAUUUGAAAAAGCUGUUCCAAUACCUGUGAUCGUUAUUCCAUGUCUUGUCCUAUGCAUAUCAGCUAGGAUUUCCCUGCGGUGCACUCGCAAGUUCCAUUGAGGUGUAUGUGAGUAAAUUUAUGUAUGAGU